GCUGCUUGCUGUGCAUUUAAUUUUGCUCCAUUUUGUAUACAUUUUACCAGUUUCUUCUAAUAAUAUUUGUGCACAGUGGUUUAGAUAGAUAUUGCAGCUUUCUUUAUCUGGUGCUAAAUGAUUGUUAUUUAAAAAGGUCGUCGAUUUUACUCAAAAAUGGAUAUCCCAGUACAAAUAGCAGUAAGGCUAAAACCUCCAAGCCUAGCUGACUCGACUCAAUGUAUAUUUAGUAAUCCAGUCACUCAGAUUGUAAUCACGGAGAGUGGACAAACAUUUCAUGUAAACAGGGCUCUACCAUUGGACUGUACUCAAGCCAAUUUGUUUAACUCAUUCAUGAUACCCCAAAUCAAUUGCUUCUUGGAUGGCUGCGAUACUUCUGUUGUUGUGUUUGGUCAGCCAAAGACAGGAAAAACAUACACUUUAUUUGGUUCAGGUUUUGAAUGCAUUCAUAGUGAGAGUGAUCAAGGAAUCAUACCAAGAUUUCUCACAGAAAUAUUCCAUAAACUCAAUCACAUGCCAGAAAGGGAGUAUAUCUUGCACAUAACAUGGAUGCAAGUUGUAAACAAUAACAUCUUCGAUGUUCUGGGGGCAGGGUUAGUGAGAUGCUACAAUGUUGAAGAAGCUUUUCAGUACCUACAGAUGGGCUGGAGACAAAGGUGCCCGGGGAACAACCAUACGGUGUUCACAGUUAGUGUAGAACAAAAGUGGGUGGGCACCAAUGGUGUGCUUAAUCACAGAAUGUCAACAGCUAGUUUCUGUGACCUAGCAGCCUACCCGGAGCCGGGCCUUUUUGCUCUUGAAAAUAUAAUUAAAGAGCUGUUGGCAGGAAAUCCACCAAAACAAAUUAAUUAUGACCAAUGCAUACUCACAGCGAUGCUCAGAGAUUCAUUUGGUGGCAGAGCCUUUACAUGGGUUAUAGGCUGUAUCAGCACAGAGCCUGAAGAUUAUCAGGAUACUCUCAAAAUAUUGAACUUAUGUCUAUGCUGCAGAGGCAUAAAAAAUUUUGUGACUGUCAAUCUCUUUGCUGAUAACAACACUCCCGUUUACCCUGAGAAGACAAUGCCUCCUCAAAAUGAAAAUAAUUUUAACUUGCAAUUUGCUACAGCUCAGUGGAUAAAACUGGUUUCAAAUGCUGAAGGACUUUUUAACAAAAUUCUUCAAUCAAAAUCACUGUCUGAAGCUGAUAUUAACCAAGUGACUGAGUGGUUGUUUUUAAAGGCUGAAUGUGAUGAAUGUUUAAGUACUGAUGUUGGAACUGAUAACAAAGAUGCUGGACCCAAACAGGGAUUACCUAGAAUUGCUGAAGACACAGAACCAAGUGAGCCAAGUGAGACUGAUGGGGAGAGUGAUUCCGAAGAUAGUCAUUCAGAGACAGUAUUCCAGGAUAAACUUGAAAAAUUCAUGGAAUAUUUUAGAGAGAAGAAUGAUCAACUUUUUGCUGAUCGCUGUGAGGAGUACUUGAAUCAUAUUGAUUCUGAUGAUAUUACAAUAUCAGAGACCAGUGGCUCUCAAUCUUUGCCCAUCAUGACAUCCCAGUCCAAUUCAGGACGCCGGCGAACAAUACAACCUGGGGAAAGUCUAUCUGGUGCAGAGUUAGAGCUAUUACGAAAAGUAGCAGCAAAAGCUAUUUCACCUGAAUCUCAAAAGAUAUUAAUAGAAUCACACAAAAAAGAUCUUGAUCCAGAACCAAAGUUAAUAGAGAGAGAGCUAUUGAAGAUGAUAGAUUCACCAAAGACUGACGAAAUAUGCAAGAAAUAUAAAAUAACAAAAGAAAAAUAUACACAAAAGCAGAUUUUGGCCCGUAAAUUAUCCAAAGAAAUCAGUUGCAGUCAAUCACAACUGAAGGAACUGAUUAAUUUGUGUAUAGCCAAAGAGCGAUUAAUUGAUGACCUUUCAAGGGCAAUGUCUCACAAUACACACAACAAACUAAUUAAUAAUGUGCUAGUUGACCAAGAUACCUUGAAAGAAAUAAGAAGACAUGAGUCAAGUUUGAAGACUUAUAAAAAACAGAUUGAUCAAAUUAAAAGACAGAUAAAAAAGGAUGAGAAGCGUAAAAAUACCUUAGAUGUAGAACUUGUAAAAGAUAAAUUAAAAUUAGAUGAACUUUCUGAAAGUUCCCUAGAUGUUAAAGAUAAGAAAACUAACUCAUUAAAGCAUUUUACAAAUAGAAUUACUCAGUUAGAUAGUAUAUUGAAAGAGAAAACGAAUGAUUUAGAAAAUUUGGAACUAUCAAAAGAGAAAGAGCUGAUGUUGAGAAAGGAGAUUAAAAACUUGCGUAAAACUCGAGAAUGUUUACAUGAACAACGAUGCAGUUUAGGACAUAAGAGAAAAAUUUAUAAAUCUCUUUCAGAUUCAGAGGAGCGCAAAUUAUUAGAGUGUGAAGAGGCUAUUGAGGCCAUAGACACUGCCAUAGAGUAUAAGAACAAUCUGAUUUGUGGCAAAUCACCUUCUGCUUCCCUCUCCGACACCCAGGAUAACAGGGACUCGAGGACUCGCGGCGAGCAGAUGUUGAUGGGAAGGCUUGACAAAUUGUCUCAUGAUGAAAUGAAAACUCUUUUGUAUAGGUAUUUCCAGAAGGUGGUGGACCUGAGAGGCGCGUGCGCGGCGUUGGAAGCGGGCGUGGCGGCGGCGGCGGACGAGGCGGCUGCGUGGCGCGCCCGGGCCGCGGCCGCGUGGCGGCACGCGCAGCGCAUGCGUCCUAACGCGCACACGCGCCACUUCCACUCGGUGCAUCGAUACCUAGACGGUGGUAACGCGGAAAGAGCUCUGUCGCUCGGCAUGACCACCGACUCGGAGACGUCAGAUGACGCUAUGCGGCUGGUAGACCGCAUGAAACAGCUAGCGAGGUAUCCUCCGGCCCCAGUUAUCCCCAGUCAGAAUCUGAAGCAGCUGAUGCCAGCCACGAAUAUACCCGUUGCCAAGGUGACCAAGGAGAAGAACAAGCUAGUCAUAGUCCAACAGCAGAGUAAGCGCAACUGAUAUUUGCAUAUUACGUUGAUCAUGAUCAACUUUAACAUCAUAUUGUUCGUACUAUUCUCGUACUUGCUGAGGCAGCUGCUUCCGUAUAUCAUCAACUUCGCAAGCAAAUACGACUCGGAGGAAUAAACGGACGCGAACUUUGACUCUUAUGGCUAAUAAUAAUAAAGACGAAAAGGUUGUGAUGGUUUAUGUGGACAGAUUUUUAAAAAAAGGUGCGUGAUUUGACUUCGUUGUGAAAAGGUUGUGGUGAACUUAUCUGUGGAACAUUUUGGAUGAUCUCGAGUGUUGGGAUUGAAGUAUUUGUUUUGGCUGUUUUUACAAUGUCCAAGUAUUAUGAUCUCCAU